AUGACGGGUGCCACCAAAAGAAGCACACAUGGUAUCCGAAAGCUUUUGGGGUGGUUGUUUCAAGAUCACCUUGAUAAAAAGGGUUUCCAAACUGGAACCUGGUCUUCGAAAUCCCGCCUUGGGCGGGUGUAUCAACCCUCUGUGAUGCGAAGGCGUGAAGAGGGUCACCCGGGUGACCCUUCCGCUGCACAUGGCGAAGAGGUGCUUCACUAUCUCGGCGAAGAGGUGAAAGUCCUAACAAUGCGAGAGGCCAUCCAAGUGAUGAAGCACAGGUGCAAGGGCACUUCUGAAGCUCUAUCCGAAGAGAAGCCGCUGGCGCUUGGAAGUUCAACUUCGUCCCCGUCAUCUGAAGAGAAGUCACCUGAAGAGAUCCUACCCAUUGCACUCUCAGGGGAAGAGAUUCGUUCCAUCUGA